GUUGACUUUCAAUUUUACUUGAGUAAUUUUCUAUUAAGGUAUCUUUACUUGUUUUUGUCUACUUUGCUCACAUUGAAAUGAAUGUCCUAUUAGUAUUGCAUGUAAUAAUGCAAGAAACUGACCCUGUAUUCAAUUUGUGGCACAGAUAACUCUAGUGACCACAGACCUGAAGGUGACCUGACUGUGGCAGAGUUUCAGCCAUACAGGAAGAAUCAUAUUUUAUACUCUAUUGUACACAUUUAGCUAACUGAAGCCAAAGGUUUGCAUCAUUAGCUUUUUUCAUUAGGUAGCUAGCUAUAUGAUCGAUGUAGCUCAACAAAUAGAUGUCUCCUUUCCUCAGUUGAUAAAGAAAUUGAUGAGAGCCAUGUCAACAUUGUGGUCAUUGAUGAGCUCCAUGAGAAGCUUGUUCCUGCUAUGAUGCACAUCCGGAAGCAGCAGCUGAUCGAGAUAGGAGCAGACGGGGUUGAGACGUUCCAGCACGAGAGAGUCUGUUGGCUGCAGAUUGCCACUAAGAACAAGGUGUACCUCUUUGACAUCCUGAUGCUUGAGGCCCGGGCCUUCAAGAACAGCCUGUCCAUGAUCCUGGAAAAUAACCACAUUUUAAAGGUCACCUAUAGCUGCCAUAGGAUUGACGAAUGUCUGAGGGCUCAGUUUGGAGUGAAUCUCACCAAUGUCUUUGACACGCAGGUGGCAGAUAUCCUGUGCUUCUAUACAGAGACAGGUGGCUUCCUGUUAGCAGAUGGUGAGCCUACAUCUGAAGAUGCCCUCAUCACGAUUCUCCUCUCUCAAGAUCAAGUCUCUGCUCACCAAGAGCAGUGUUCUGGAGCUGCCUAGGGAGCUGCGGGAGUUGAAGCACAUGCGGCAGGAGUGGGCCAUCGACUGUUACCCUGUCUCUGAGCAGGGCCUGCUGGAGCGCUCCAACCCCAGACCCCUACCCCAUCACAGGAUGGGCAGGGCCAGAACAUAGCCACCCAAAGACAACCUGACCCCCCUGUCCCCACAACAGAGGAGCCUGUAGUCCCAGGACCAGUACCAGGGCUGCAGGCCCCAGCAGAGCAGAGACCCCCUGUCCCAGCAAUACCCCAUGGGCAUCUGACCUUCAUGCUAUGCCCAGUGCCCUGACCCCAGAGGUCAAACAGAGUUCCAGGAAACAGCCAUCUGGAGACGUCAGCCCAGCGGCUCCAUCAGGAUCAGGAGAACCAGGACUCAUGGAGAUAGUGAUGGUCACAAUGGCAGGCAGAGGGAGGUCUCUGAUGAAAAAUGCAGCACUACCAACCCUCCCUGCCUUCCCUCCCUGCCUUCCUCUUCCUGGGAAGAGGCCUGGUUUUCCCGAUACCAGCGGCCCAGGUCCCUAAGGAGAGCCCCAGGGUUCUAAAGACCCAGGCCCCAGUGGGUAGGGUAGAGGUGCCUGUCCACCCAGGCCCAAGACUCAGCCCAGUACAGUGAGCUGUGCCCCAGCAGGCUGCCUUUUGUCCUGCCAUGCCUGAAAACAUCCCUGGGGCAGAGAGAGGCCUCUUCAUCCAGAAACCCCAAGGUCUCACCUCUCCUCUCAGUCUCUCCCUCAUUUCCUUUAGAAAGACUUAAGAGGACCACCUAUGGUUGUGAAGGGUUGGUUGAAAAUUACUUGUGUAAUUGUAUAUUCUACAAAGACCACUAGAUGGCAGUAAAUUGUCCAUUUUGUUUGCAAAUGUAAAUUGCAUCAAUGUUUGGGGGGAAACAGUCAUGUUUCAGUUAAAUGGUUUUCUAUUUCAAAUGGAAAAACAACAGUAGAUUCACAUCAAAUUACAUUCGGAUGAGAGAUAUUUUGAUAAUUCUGUAUCAUGGCGACUAGUUUACCUUGUGUACAUGGCUUAAUUUGGUUACAUUUGUUUGAUUAUUCAAAUUGCUGUUCACACUUGUUACAAAUGUAAAUUAAACACCAGUGCAGUACUCUGCUUAUUGU